GUAGAGAGAAAUUUUGAAGCCCCAAAGCUUCACGGGUAUUUUGAGUGCCCACAUAUUUAUGUUUAACCAAUCUUUGGUGGCUGCAUUAAUAACUUCCGAUAACAAGGAAAACGUGAAAGGAAAAUUAAUCGGUUUCCGGCUUUCCGCCUCUCUCUCUCUCUCUGAAAUCAACCGUAUCUGCGCCUAUUCACACACACGCAUCACUGUUUAUCUCGGUAGAGUCGGAAGCUCGGCCAGCAGUCGGCAAUGGCGAUUGCAGCUGCCGCUAUUAUCGUACCGCUGGGCGUUCUCUUCUUCAUUUCUGGUCUCUUCACCAAUCUCGUUCAGGCUAUUUGCUUUGUCCUUAUCCGGCCAUUGUCAAAGAACACAUACAGGAGGAUUAACAGGGUGGUUGCAGAACUUCUGUGGCUUGAGCUUGUGUGGCUUGUUGAUUGGUGGGCGGGUAUUAAGAUUACAUUAUUCACAGAACCCGAGGCACUAAAACUGAUGGGUAAAGAACAUGCCCUUGUAAUAUCAAAUCACAAAAGUGACAUAGAUUGGCUGGUUGGAUGGGUGUUAGCUCAGCGAUCAGGUUGCCUUGGUAGCUCAUUAGCUGUAAUGAAGAAGUCAUCAAAACUCCUUCCUGUAAUUGGAUGGUCCAUGUGGUUUUCCGAGUAUCUUUACCUUGAAAGAAGUUGGGCUAGGGAUGAAAACACUUUAAAGUCAGGUCUUCAAAGGUUACAUGAUUAUCCACUCCCUUUUUGGCUGGCACUUUUUGUUGAAGGCACUCGCUUUACACAGGCAAAGCUUUUAGCUGCCCAAGAAUAUGCUGCUUCAGCAGGUUUACCUAUUCCAAGGAAUGUUUUAAUUCCUCGUACUAAGGGUUUUGUAACGGCUGUAAGCCACAUGCGAUCAUUUGUUCCUGCAAUUUAUGAAAUGACAGUAGCCAUUCCUAGGAGUUCUCCACAACCCACAAUGCUACGGAUGUUCAUGGGGCAAUCCUCUGUGGUUCAUGUUCACCUCAAGCGACACCUAAUGACGGAUCUGCCAGAAGAUGAUGAAGCUGUUGCACAGUGGUGUAAAGAUGUUUUUGUUGCAAAGGAUAAUUUAUUGGACAAACACAAUGCUGAAGACACGUUUGGCCCAGAACUGGAGCAAGAUCUUGGCCGGCCUGUCAAAUCCCUUGUGGUGGUUGUGUCAUGGUCAUGCCUGCUAAUUCUUGGGGCAAUAAAAUGUGUCCAAUCUUCAGAACUUCUGUCAUCAUGGAAGGGCAUUUCUAUCUCAGCAGCUCUGCUGCUCGUCGUUACCAUUCUCAUGCAAAUACUGAUCAGAUUCUCUCAAGCAGAACACUCAACGCCUGCAAGAGUUGCACCCGCAAAUCCCAACAACCGGAAUCGGGUUGCAGAUAUUAGACAAGCAAAAGAUAAGUGAUUUUUAUUUAUUAUUUCAUCUUUCUGAUAGUGAUGACCCCCCCCCCCCCCUCCUCCUCAUCUCCCUGGCUAGAACAAGGUUUGUAUGUGUAUUAUGUAACUUAUUAUUACAAGUAUUGUUUGUUGUGCGGAGUUGCUUUUAUGUGAUAGAUAUAUGACAAAACUUUUUUCAGUUUUGAACUUCUGUGCUAUUAUGCAUUUUUCACAUACAAUUCUCACCUCACAUAAAUUCUUCUGCAUUUC